UGCCGCCGCCAGGAGAGCCCCGCUCCCCGCCACCCCAGCGAGAUGCCCCGGGUAGACGCAGACCUCAAACUGGACUUUAAAGAUGUCCUGCUCAGACCUAAAAGAAGCAGCCUCAAAAGCCGAUCAGAGGUCGACCUCACGCGCACCUUCACCUUCCGCAACUCCAAGCAGACAUACACAGGAAUUCCCAUUAUAGUGGCAAACAUGGACACUGUGGGGACAUUUGAAAUGGCCGCAGUUAUGGCAAAACAUGCAAUGUUCACUGCAAUUCACAAGCAUUAUUCUCUGGAAGAAUGGAAACUGUUUGCUGCCAAUCACCCAGAAUGCCUUGAGCAUGUAGCGGCAAGCUCAGGUAGUGGAAAAGCUGAUUUGGACAAGUUAACAAGUAUUCUAGAGGCCAUUCCACAUAUCAGAUACAUCUGCCUGGAUGUGGCAAACGGCUAUUCAGAGCACUUUGUGGAGUUCGUGAAGUCUGUCCGUGCCCUGUUCCCACAUCACACCAUUAUGGCAGGCAAUGUGGUCACAGGAGAGAUGGUAGAAGAACUUAUUCUUUCUGGAGCAGAUAUUAUUAAAGUGGGUAUCGGACCAGGUUCUGUGUGUACCACUCGGAUUAAGACGGGGGUGGGCUAUCCACAGCUAAGUGCUGUUAUUGAGUGUGCAGACUCAGCACAUGGCUUGAAUGGACAUAUCAUCUCUGAUGGAGGGUGCAGCUGCCCAGGAGAUGUCGCCAAAGCGUUUGGAGCCGGUGCUGAUUUUGUCAUGCUUGGAGGAAUGUUUGCAGGCCAUGACCAGUGUGCUGGAGAGAUUAUGGAAAAGAAUGGCAAGAAGGUGAAACUCUUCUAUGGAAUGAGCUCUGAUACAGCCAUGAAGAAGCAUGCAGGAGGGGUUGCUGAAUACAGGGCUUCAGAGGGCAGAACGGUGGAGGUACCAUACAGAGGGGAUGUGGAACUCACCAUCCUGGACAUCCUCGGGGGGCUGCGCUCCACCUGCACCUACGUGGGAGCUGCCAAACUCAAGGAACUGAGCAGGAGAACGACAUUUAUCCGGGUCACCCAGCAGCACAGCCAGGUCUUCUCAUAGCCCAGGACUGGGGGGCUGGAGAGAGGGGGAGGAGCAGGAAGGGCUGCUGUUUAGUUUUGCUUUCUCCUCCAUAUUGUGUUAGUGGCAAACUCUCCUCUCUCUCAGAAUGGCAGUGUCAUAGCCAUUGGAGGGGCUAUGGCUGGCGUGUGGAAGGGGAAGGUCAUGCUAUUAACACAGAGCCAUUGGUUCAAAAUGCAGUAGCCUCAUCUUGUAUUGUUGUGCCUAUUUUAUUUUUUAAUCAACAUUUCUUUACCUGUUUUUUUUCCCCUCUGAUAAAUAGCUGCUGAAACCCCAAUUAACAAGGAAUUGUACAGACAUAGCUGUUAGCGCCUGCACGCAUACACACAUUCCCUUUUUUAAGGCUGACCUGUCAGCUACCACUGCUUCUGGCAGUGCACCCCCCAGAAAUUGCAGGCUGGGAGAGAAAAACAUGCAAGGAAUUGCGUGGAAAAAUCAAAAAUCAACUUCUCUUAAUCUUUGUUCUGGCAAAAGAAUGGAUGCAUGUGGCAUGGCUGCCAGCCUGCAGAAUGUCAGAGGUGGAUGGUGGAUGAGGCCUGGCUACUGGUGACGUCUCACUGUGAUGAGAAAAAUGCCAGAUCCCUUUCACUGUCAGUUCACAGGGCUGGUACUGCUGUUCUUACUUAAAUCUCCCUAUUCAAUGAACUUGCCUCUUCAGAGAAGCUGGCAUUGAAUGUAGCAGACCUGUGCUGUCCCCCCUCCCCGCAUCUGUGGAGAUCAUUUAGGAGAAAAUGUCUCAGAGCUUGCCUGCUUUUUCGUGCAUGCAGUUAUUGAAUUACCUGGUUUCCUGCUUUUACCUGCUCUCUGUGAACAGAUUUUUUAAGACAUUGAAACUCAGCAACAGUAACCCCACCAAGGGGAGGUUUCUCUGCAGCCCUCCCUGUUCCCUUGCCUGUUCAUAUCCAUUUAGCAAAGGCAUAAAAAUGCUGUGACGUGCAUUGUCUGUGGCCAGGUGAAUGAGGCCAGAGGGAUCAAAUUCACUUUUGGUUAUUUGGUACCACUCCUCUGCAGUCCCUGACACCAUGAAAAGCAAAAGAGAGCUUUUGGCAGAAUAGCCUGAUUGCAAGACUGAGAUGGAGUUAAAGCAUUUGCUCUAAAGGCAGUAAUGAAUGUGUAAGACUCUGGGUAACACUUUAAUAAAGUGUAAUGGCCCGCUAAUUAAUUGAUAAAUCACAAUGAAAUCUCUUUGGAAAUACACACUGCGUCCACAUGAAUACCACAGUAGCUUGUUAUGAUAAAUGAUGUAAAAGUGAGCACCAAUGAAUUAAUAAUGCUUGGCCCCUUACUUUGAAGUGCUGCUGAGAUCGUAAUACAGCUGAUGUUAUUUUAGUACUUCAGGGUCUUACUUUCCCCUCCUGUAGAUAUCUGUGGAAAGAGGCAGGCUUUCUUUGAAAAGCAGAAGUGUGAUCUGUAGGAAGAGGAAUAGUAAAGAGAAACUCUAGAAUUAAACUCAUAGACUGGACUGCUCAUAAAGCCAUGCAGAAGGAUUGGUACAAUUGACCAUGCUGAGGAGCAAACCUAGGCCACAGGCUGAUCCCUGGUGAUUUUGAAGUGUGUUGUGCACUUUAGAAGAAGCACAGAGUAUCUUCCAAGUAGCCUGGUAUUCUAAAUGUCUUCCAUUUAACAUGUAGGACAUCAUAACUCUUAAUUGUGGUACAACCCCUUCCUCUCCUUUGGAGGUGAGUAAGGGCCUUAAUGUGAGCACAGGUUAUGCCUGUGCUGGCUUUACGGACCAUUUCUCCUGCCCACAUACCAUAAAGGAACCUGAACGCAAAAGAGAAGCAGGCCCUGGGAAUAAAGGACCUCAUCUCUAUUCCAUCCAGCCUGAAAGCAUCACAUUAAGAAGAUGCCAGGCUUCUUUAUGACAAACCCUACUGUCGGUCACAUACUGCUCUUGCCUGCACUAAGCCCAGAGUACAGGUAGUAUUACUGCUCUGCAUCAGUACGGCUGUAGGAGGUCACCAUCCCUUUAUUUACGUGAUGUGAAGGGCAGGGGUACAGAGGCAAAUGAACACCUCCCUCAGGAGUGGGGUGAGACCCUCAGGAGUGGGGUUAGACCGUCAGGGCGCAGGCCUGACCACCAGUGUGUCUCCACGCUCGUGCCUUCAUACGUGGGAAGUGCAGCAGUCUGCUGGUCUCACACCCACUCUCGCUAGCGCUUUUCUACUUUUUUUAGCUACAUUUCUAAAUGGAAUUUAAGAAUACAUAUACAUAUAAAAAUAUAUAUAUUUGUAAACAUUUUUUAAAAAGAUCAUACGCACACUGAACAGAGCAGCUUCAUGACGUCUUUGGAACAGUUUCUUUUCCAAAGGGCAGGCGCUGGGGGCAAGGGCAGAGCUCCUCUCCACAGGUGUGGCAAGCGUGGAGCCUCUUCCCUGGGCAGGCUGCACACUUACACAGCCAGCCUGGCCUGGGGCCACUCCUACACCCGCUUUCCUUCCCCUUUCGCACACAACCUCUGACCGGUGACUAACAGGAAAGGAUGGGUAUAGGCUGAUCUUAAGUUGUCCCCGAAUUCUCCAGGCUGUGAAUGACAUUCAUGCUUAAGAAUAGUUAAUGAUAAAACUUUGAUAUAGGGUAUUUUGUUUUCUAAAUAGCAGCUCUUGCCAUCAUUUUGAUAAGCAGCAUGUUUUCUUUCUAUUAUUUCAUUUUCUCCUUCCCUCUCCAAAGUGAGCGGGAGAGGGAAAUCAGCUGCAGAAAGGCUGAACUGGUGGCAUGUCUGCAUCUCACCCAAAGUUACAUGUGAGUUUUGUUCAGGGAUAACCCUGAACUAUGUCAGCGCUCACCAUUGACAUUGUACAUGUCCAACUCUCAGACAGGCUGGAAGAAUGGAGAAAAGAUGAGCUUGAGCACUCCUUUAACACCCAGCCCUGUGCUGUGGUAGUUGCCCUCAUCUUCACUUAGCCCCAGGUCCUGUGCCCUGCUCAAGACCCCUGCCGCUCUCACAAGGAACUGGGGCAGAGAGGGAGCUGAGGGCACGCUGUGCCUGGCAGGAUGGUCCAAGCAGAGACUACAACCACUGACAAACGCCACGUGCCAUUUGUGGCUCUACCUCACCUGCACAUUUAACUGGUUUCUCUGUUACUUGGUGUCCUUCUGUGGGAAAUGAGAUCUGUAAGCGUGUGCUUAGUGUUGAGUGAUUCUGCAGAACCGGGUCUUCUUUAACCCUACCAACCCAACCCCAUCCUGUCUAGAGGAACGCUGUGGGUGUGAUAACCUGCACUGUAGGCCAAGGUCAUGCCUGCUUCCCCCAGCCAGGCAAUUGUUAAUUUGAGCACCCAAGAGCAAUGUUGAGGUUCAGCCCACCGGCUCCCCAGUGAUUUAGUUGAACAUACCAAAGACCUACAAACAGGGAUGCUGAAAAGGGCAAUGUUACAUCAUUAAAGCAAUCCCUGCUGAGCAUGUCCAUCUCUGGCUUCUUGAAACAUAAGGACACCUAAGGACACAUAAGGGACCCCCGCUGCUCCCAGUCCUAUUCUGGAGUCGCCUUGCUGCAGCACGUUUCGCAGGGAGGGCUGGCUGGCCCUCCUACCCACGCAGCCUGGCUUACCUGAGCUCUCCUCGCAGAGAAGGGUCUUGGCACAGCAGCAGCCUUGCUCAGGCCCGAGUGACUGUGUGGUGGCUGCGGGGAGCGCACGUGUAGAUCUGCUCGUAGGCGGGAGGCCAGCCUGUUAGAGGAGUGGGCUUUGAGCCAGCAUCCUGCCAGAUGCAAAACAAGCCACGCAGGCCUCCUCUCUCGGAAAGAAACAAGUGCAUGCACCCAGGGGUGUGCGCCUACCCUCCCGCUCAUUGGCACAGCCAGCUCACCCCCCUCGGCCGUGGGGCAGGGGCUUUGGCUGUGCUCUUCUGCACAGCUUUCUUCUCACCUUAGGGCACGGGGGGGGCGGUGAAUGUAGGAUGGGGCCACUCUGUAAAUAUGAAGAGCUGUAAGCAGGGGCAGGAGGAGCCUCCGCUUACAUUUAGAGGAGCUUUUCCCAUAUAAAGUGUGCUUGUAUCUUCCUUUCAGCUAGUCAAUAGUGGGGGGGAGAAAGGAUGGGGUUGAGCAAGAAACACAGCAGCAAUUAGCCAAGCCCCACCGUGUUGGCACAGGGGCUGGUGUUUUCCAGUCACGGACACGAUGAGAGUUUGAAGCCUUUUCUGAACCAAGCACUCCUUAGUUUGUACCUAUUAAGCUCCUCUGUCUUGAACAGACUUGCUGCUACAGCUUUCUGCCAGUGUACGUACAGUGUCUGUCCAUCACCGCCUCCCACCCCUCCACCCGGGGGAUGUUGCUUUUUAGUUGCUAAUGCCAGUUUUAUACCAGAAGUUCUUUGUUGGAGCCAGGAGGGCUUUUGCAACCAGUGCUAGGUUGGGCCCUACUUGUGUAGAAAAGAGGGGACAAAAAAAAAAAAGCCAAGGCCCAAGAACAGCAGUUUGCUUCCAGCAGCAGCCAGAGCCAGCAGGCAGGAGAGGGCCGGGCCCUUCCCUGCAGGCUGGGAGCUGCCCGGGGGCAGAGGGGCCAAAGCAUGUCUUGGAUAGAUGCUGGCACAGCUCCGUGCCCCUAAGCACAGCGUGGACCACCCUCCCCUGCAGCCUUCGCUUCGCUUGUGGUCAUGCCGAUGUUUAAGCGAGCCUUCCCCAGCAUUGACUUGACACAAUGUAUACUGGUUGAAGUUUUCAUACAUAAAUAAAUAAUUCGGAGUCCAAAACUCAGUGUUGCUUGCGAUAACUGUGAAGCGCUUCUGCAUAAUCGGCCAAAAAGAGCUGAUGAGCGUUCAGUGUUUCCCUGCCCCACUUGGCCCUGCUGAGCUGGCGAUGAGGAGCGCUGCCUCCCCUCAUCUGCAGCAACCACAUGUGCGCAGCGCCGCCGGCGCACGUGGCGCAAUCAUUUAAAGCGUUCAGAAGUUGUAAACGGAAGGGUUUUGUUAUGCAAUAAACAGCUUCACUCUGAUGGUCUGGAGAGGGUUUUGUGGCUGUGGAUGGAUACGUGCUUUUCUGCGUCGUGGCGAAUAAAAGCAAACGCUCUCAAAU